UAAGGAUACGCCACAGCGGUGGCUUCUUCCCGAGAGCGAAUACAAACGAUUUACGGCCUACAGGCUUUCGAAGCUUGCGAAUGCCAUCCAUGCCCGCCAGUUGGCUAAGCGACUCCGGAAGGAGGGUGUGGUCACAGCUAGCGUUCAUCCCGGUGUAGUGGUCACGGAGUUGUUCAAAGAACCUGCCAUCUUUCGUAUGCUCAUGCACACACUGGUUCGACCCUUUAUGAAGUCCGCAUGGGAGGGUGCUCAGACCACGAUGUACGUUGUACUGGCAAAUGAUCUCCAGUCCGGUGCCUACUACGCAGACUGCGCUCCAAAGAAACCAAAUCAACUUGUCCUCGACGACAAGUUAGGUGAAUCACUUUGGGCUUUUUCAGAGAAGGCUGUUGGACUCGCAUAA